GCAAAAAAGAAGGGGAAAAAAAUUGAAGAAACUAUAUUUAUAUAUAUAGAUAUAUAAGAGCAAGGGAUAGAAAGGCAGCCAAAAAUGAAGAAAUAUGUAAGAGUAAUAUUGUUGUUGCUUCUCAUUUUGCUAAAUCUCCACCAUUGCCCUCUUCAUGCCGGUGCUGCAAAUACUAAUGCACCCCUCCCUAUUUCAGGUAAUGAAGGCGUGGAUAGACAGAUACACAUUGUUGGUAGAAGAGCAGUAGACAUUUGGUUGAACAAUGACCCGUGUAUCUGUUGGGAGAGAAGCAACAAGUAGGAUGCACCUACAAGGAUCAACUUCAAGACAACCAACCAAACACUUGACCCAAUUUACCACAAUUGAUUAACCAAGCACACAAAAUCAGCAGCACAUCAAAUAAACCACAAUCAAAUAUGAAGAAUAAAGAUGCAAACGACACACGAUUUUUAUACGUGGAAAACCCCUUCGAUGUGAAGGAUAAAAACCACGGGACUUAUAGGGAGUCCGCCCUCUUCUUCUCUUAUUAUGCAAAUUGAGGGUAAAAACACCCAAACUCAGUCUACAAGGAUGUCACAGCCCACCAACAACAACAUACAUAAGAGGCACCAACAAUAGAGAAGGAAAAUCAGGAUUAUCACCCAAAAACGCAGCGUCGCACCAGCUGCGAUUACAGAAGAUCCGUAGCUCCGAUUGAAGUGAAAAUUGAACAGAUUGAAGCCCUA